GUAUUAAAAGCUAUUUGAGCUAAUAAAUAAACCAUCGGCUAAAAACCGGUUUUUGCGUUGGAUUAACUUUUGACAUCCCUCUCGUAAGGAAGGAAAACAUAAUUUGUCAAAUUUUGAAUUUGCCAUCGUUUGACUCAUUUGAGGCGAGUUCAAAAAGGCCAACGCACUCAGAAAUGAAUGGUGUGUUUUGUGCAGUUCUUGUUUAAUUUGUUUAGUAUAGUUACUAGCAUGAUGAGAAUAAGAUAAAUACUAGUUACUUGUAAUAAUCUACAAAAUUGUAGUCACAAUGGAAGAGCCUACCUUACGUUAUGAAAAAAUUGACUUCCUUGGAGAAGGCCAAUUUGCAACCGUUUACAAAGCAAGAGAUGUGAAAACUGACAAAAUAGUGGCUGUGAAGAAGAUUAAAAUAGGUUCUCGUUUGGAGGCUCAGGAUGGCAUAAACAGGACUGCACUCAGAGAAAUAAAGUUGUUGCAGGAGCUGCAGCAUGUCAACUUGAUUGGACUAUUAGAUGUAUUUGGACAAAAAUCAAAUGUAUCUUUAGUGUUUGACUUUAUGGACACUGACUUAGAGAUAAUAGUUAAGGACAACAACAUUGUGCUCACUCCAGCUAAUGUGAAAGCUUACAUGAUCAUGACAUUGAGUGGUUUAGAGUAUCUGCAUCAAAACUGGAUACUGCACAGAGAUUUGAAACCAAACAAUUUAUUGAUAAAUCGGGAAGGAAUACUGAAAAUUGGUGACUUUGGUCUUGCCAAGGCUUUUGGGUCUCCCACCAGGAUAAAUACACAUCAAGUGGUGACCAGAUGGUACAGAUCACCAGAGCUGUUAUUCGGGGCUCGGCAGUACGGCACGGGUGUGGACAUGUGGGCCAUCGGCUGCAUCUUAGCAGAGCUCCUGCUCCGGGUGCCCUUCUUGCCUGGGGAGUCGGACCUGGAUCAGCUGACGCGCAUAUUCCAGGUGUUUGGCACACCUAAUGAUGAGAAUUGGCCCGGCAUGAAGGGGCUGCCGGACUAUGUGCAAUUCAAGCAGUUCCCAGCACAGCCGCUGCGACAUAUCUUCAGCGCGGCGGCCGACGACCUCAUACAACUGCUCGAGAGCCUGCUCGUGCUGUUCCCGCCUAAACGCUGCGACUGCACGCAGGCGCUGCAGAUGCCGUACUUCAGCAACAAGCCAGCCCCAACAGUGGGCAACAAGCUCCCGAUGCCCUCGAGUUUCACAAAGAUGGAAACGGAGAAGCCCACACUCAAGAGGAAACUGCUAGACAGUAUCGACGGCGGCUCCCUGCCCAAGAAACUUCUGUUCUGACCGGCGCCAUAACUUAGUACAAUGACAGGGAGUGCAAUCUAUGUCAUUUAAAAGUGCUACUGGAGAGGUACGCUUAUUUUCUCAUGUGAAUCUUCUAAAUUCAAACUGCAACUUCCUUGAUAAAUACGUAUGCAUCAAGCCUUAACCCUUUACCAGGCUAAGGGAUAUAUAUUUCCCACAUGCGGCUCUUCAAACAUGUGUUCUAUUUUCGAUGAGUAAGACUGACAUUCGAUUGUCAUUUUUGAACUGUCAGCCUGGUAAAGGGUUAAUAACAGACAAUUGAUUAGAUUGCAGUUGGAAUAUAGAGAUGUUUUUAAUAGGUUGGAAGCCCCUAUUCACUUGACUAUUCGGCUAUUUUCUACAGUUUUACAAACCAGAGUUAUUAAUAGCAGAAGAUAUGCCCCAAAUUUAACGACUUGAAGAUGUCGUUUUUGCUCAAAGUUGACGUAUGCCAAUUAACCACAAGCAUUAUUUUUUCUUAGAUUGCUUCUACAACCAAUAACAACUUUUUGCUCAUACUCAACAAAUUAGUUCAUUUUUAUAUUAAAGAAAAGAAAAUAUUUACACUUCCGGCCGGAAUUCCUAAUAUAUGUAGUGGUAUCUCUUGCAGACAUAUAUAUAUGCUUGUUAAAUUUUUUUUAAAUAAAAUUAGUUCAUAUUUAUAGAAAAUUUAAGCGCUGGUGGCCUAGCGGUAAGAGCGUGCGACUUGCAAUCUGGAGGUCGCGGGUUCAAACCCCGGCUCGUACCAAUGAGUUUUUCGGAACUUAUGUACGAAAUAUCAUUUGAUAUUUACCAGUUGCUUUUCGGUGAAGGAAAACAUCGUGAGGAAACUGGACUAAUCCCAACAAGGCCUAGUUUACCCUCUGGGUUGGAAGGUCAGAUGGCAGUCACUUUCGUAAAAACUAGUGCCAACGCCAAAUCUUGGGAUUAGUUGUCAAGAGGACCCCAGGCUCCCAUGAGCCGUGGCAAAAUUCUGGCACAACGCGAGGAAGAAGAAGAAGAUUUAUAGAAAAUUUAUUUUUACUGGGCUCAGGGCGACUUUAGUCUACAGUUCUAUUUCAUCACUUUCAUAAGUUGUCCUCAUUGCCAUGCAGACCAUACGGUCCACUGUCCUAUUUCCUUGACAUUCCUAUGUGGUCACGUUAACUCGUUUACAUUCCUAUAAUAGUCCACAGUGCUAACUUGUCACCAUUCCUGUAUCGCUUUAGCAGUCUACUAUAGAAGACAUUAACAUUUAUGAAUGGUGACGAGUUGAGUUAGCACUGUGACCAGAUAGGAAUAUGGACAAGAUAGGAAAUUGACGAUAUAAGAAUGUGGAUGACUUAGGAAGGUGACGAUUUAGGAAUUGUAUGCCGACGAAACGGUAUUGUGGACCAUUAAAAAAGGCUUAUGGACGAGGUCGUCGUGAGCCGUUUACUGUCUUGUGAAAAGGGGAUUCAACUGGAUAUCAAUGAAAUGUAAUUCCUGAUAGUAUUUAAGUGAUUAAUUUAAAGCGGGACUUUGUACAAUCAGACCUAUAGUCUUAACAUAAUGCAUUUGUUUCUUUCAUAUUGAAAAUACACACUUGAUUAUGAGGAAUGUUGAAAAACUGCAUUUCAAGUAAACAAAAGUAAAUAUAUUUUGACAGA